UCCACGUGGCCAGAGCGGGCAGUCCUUUAUCAACAAUGGCUUCUGUCACUUUUGAAGAGCGAGGGACGCCCAACAGCGAGGACUACCGAAUCUACUAUCGGAACGCGGACGGCCCGAUCUCGCCGUUCCAUGACAUCCCGCUGUACGCCGACGCCGAGAAGAAGGUGUUCAACAUGGUGGUGGAGGUGCCGCGCUGGACCAACGCCAAAAUGGAGAUCGCCACCGGCGAGCGGCUGAACCCCAUCAAGCAGGACACCAAGAAGGGCAAGCUGCGCUACGUGGCCAAUGUGUUCCCGCACCACGGCUACAUCUGGAACUACGGCGCCCUGCCUCAGACCUGGGAGAACCCGCACGUCACGGACGAGUCGACCGGCUUCAUGGGCGACAAUGACCCCAUCGACGUCUGCGAGCUGGGCAGCAAGGUGUGCCGGCAGGGUGAGGUGAUCCAGGUGAAGGUGCUGGGAGUGCUGGCCCUGAUCGACGAGGGCGAGACGGACUGGAAGCUCCUCGCCAUCAACGUGGAUGACCCGCUGGCCGAACAGCUGAACGACGUGGGCGACGUGGAGAAGCUGAUGCCCGGCUACCUGAGCGCCACCGUCGAGUGGCUCCGGCUGUACAAGGUGCCCGACGGCAAGCCGGAGAACAAGUUCGCCUUCAACGGCGAGGCCAAGGACCGCGAGUUCGCUCACUGCGUGAUCUCGGACACGGCCGACCAGUGGCGGGAGCUGGUCACGGGCAAGGCGGACGCCGGCGGCCUGGACAUUCACACGGUGACCCUGGACGACGCCCAGAUGAAGCUGGAGAAGGACGAGGCGGAGGCGGUGCUCGCCGGCGCCCCGACCCUCCACCCGCCGGCGCCGCUCGACAACAGUGCAGUCAACAAGGUGUCCUUCCUGUGCAACUCGAACUAGCCGCUGCUCCCUGCUGUCACGUGCGUGGACCGGCGUCCGUCUCGUGACGUCACGGCCGGCCCGCGGACGGUCUGUAACGUCACGGCGGAGAAGUCGUCUGGGAU